AUGCAGUGGUGCAGGUGGGCUGGCGGUUGGAGAUCACACCUACCAGGACAGUCUGCAGGGCCAGAGAUCGAGGACUCUUUCGACUUUCUUUUCAAAAUCAUCCUGGUUGGGGACUCAGAUGUGGGGAAGACCUGUGUGGUCCAGAGCUUCAAGUCUGGCAUAUUCAUCGAGAAGCAGCAAAACACAAUUGGUGUGGAUUUUACUGUUCGCACCCUGGACAUUGAUGGCAAGAAGGUAAAGAUGCAGGUUUGGGACACAGCAGGACAGGAGCGUUUUCGAACCAUAACUCAAAGCUACUACCGCAGUGCCCACGGGGCCAUGGUGGCCUAUGACAUCACACGCCGCAGCACAUUUGAAUCUGUUCCCCUCUGGAUCAGGGAGGUGCAGCAGUUUGGAGCUUCCAGCGUGGUACUGAUCCUCAUUGGUAAUAAGUCAGACCUUCAAGCUCAGAGGCAGGUGUUGUUUGAGGAUUCUUGCACUCUGGCAGAAAACAACGGUGUGCUGGCUGCUCUGGAAACCUCAGCCAAGGAGGCCCAGAACGUGGAGGCGGCCUUCAUCCUCAUGGCCCGGGAGCUGCUGGCACGUAACGGCAUGACCAUCAUAGAUGAGAUUUCCCAGGACUCGAAUCAAUUCAUGUUGAGUAACAGCUCCCACCCGGUCCAUGGCACCGUGUCUUCAGAUAAAAAGUGCGGCUGCUGAGCGGACUGAAGUAGGAGCCUGUUAUUAAAGACUUGUUUGAAAAAUAGUGUCAGCAGUUUAGGAGAAACCACAUAUGUUGUAUAGUGUGAGGGAGAGUUUUGUACAUAUUUUGACAUUUAAUAUUUAUACAGUUAGUAGAAUCAAUAACUCAGUUUUUAAAUGGCGGUUGCUUAUCAAAUAGAUUUUGUGAUAUUCUCUUCAGGAUAACAGCUGCUUAAUGUGAUAGCGACCCCAGCAUUACAAACCUCUGCUGGAGGACUCUGUACUAAGAAUGUGCUACAGUAUACAGAAUGUUUUCGCUUGACAAGUUUUCGUGUCUUUUAUUCUUUUUUAAUUGUUCUUUCAUUCAGUAUGGCUUUUUCCAGUUCAUUACCAGAGUUCCACAGUUUGAACCUACAAUUUAAGUCACCUGCUACAUUGUUAUUAUACCCGUCAGUUAUAAAUAGCAAACAGUACCGUGUGAAAUUUUCACUGGUGCUGCAACUGUUAGUACAUUUUUUCUCCCACACUUGACUUUAAUUACAAAUAUUCACAAUAACAAUAACCCUAACCAAAAAUAGCACCUUUUUCAGUUUUGCUGUAACUGUGUCAAUUUCACAAAUCAAAAUUAAAAUAAAAUAACUGUACUCUUAAUUGAGGCUUGAAUCAAAACUGAUGAGGAACUAAACUGAAACCUGGAAACUUAAUCUCAUCAGCAUUAGUGGUUAUGCACUCACC